GAGUUAGGAGCCCAGUACCAAGUACCUUCAGAGCACCGCCAACGCGGGGUUUAACUUCCUCUUCUUGGUCCUGGAGGCAGGCAACUUCUCCUAUCCCUUCACUUGCCCAACGCUGUCGCUGUCGCUCUAUCCCUCCAUCCCUACUACGUACCCCAGGAGGCAGUCAACGUUCCUUCUAUCAUCCUAUCGUUUUCACAAAGUGUUGGACAUUAUGGAACAACAACCGAGGCUUGAGCAGCCCGUUCGGGCCCACCAAAGCAAUACGGCAAGGUCGACUCGGUCCCCAACAUCUACAACAAGUUCUCCGCAGAGGAAUGAUGAGUCGUGGGUUGAAGUGUCCUCUCAGCCCUCCUCUUCCUCCCUCUCCUCUCUGGGGGACGAUAUCGUCACUACUGGCCUCCGAGUUGGCAGCUCCACUACUCGGCGUCGGCGUCCCCACCAACAACUCCCUGGUCCACCCGCCACCCCUUCCUUUCAUGCCAACCAGACUGUCGUCCAAGGUGGCACCAGUAGUCAAGAAGAAUACGAUGAAACCGAAAGCGAGGACGAUACACUGUUGACGAGCUCGACAGAGAACGGCCCGGUGCAACGCCGUCAGUCGUUCCACCGCCCAACCCGAAUCGAACGGGAUGAUUCGGAUGACGAGAUUGCAACGGCUCUAGGUCGCGCUACGGGCGAUCCUGUUUUCAGGCCCCAGCCGAACGCCUUCUCACACCCAGGCGGCCGUACUCAGCGGAGCUACUCAACGACCUCAGCCGUCCCAUCCCACCCCCACAGCCGAGUGCGCCCUUCGCUGGGGCAAAGGUCAAACCCCCGCCCGCACCGCGGCGUGCCUAACUUCAUGUCGCCAUCCUACCAGGCCGACAACGACGAAGCCCUUCGCUCCUCGCUCACCACUCUCCUUUCAUGUGCCGCGGCCGCUCGGGGCCUUCCCAAGCACAAUCACGAUCAAGAGGAACGCGCUCCCGCCGCCCCGGCCGGUGUCGGACCUAGCACGCAGCCUGUCGAGCUCCGACUGGUUCCUGAAGAUAAGCUCGGGGAGCCCUCCGCCCGGGCUCCGCCCACGGCUCGACAGCCUCGAUUGAAGACCCCGGCGGAGACCACGUCCCCGAGGACCGCGUCCUCGCCAAGUAACGCUUCCGCUGCCGCUGUCGCUGCCGCUGACCGACACAAGAGGGGAGCUUCGCCCCAGUCCCGCUCCUCUCGCGUCGCCAAGAAGAAGAAGGUGGUUGCAGUCGAGGACUCGACGGGGGGUCUUCUCAGCCCGACGCUCCUGACGUGGGUCAUGAGCGCCGGCGUGCUGGUUAUCGUGUCCGUCGUCGGCUUCGGCGCUGGCUACGUUAUCGGUCGGGAAGUAGGUCGUCAUGAGACCCUUGCGGCUGGUGCGAGCGCCAACGCUUCCACUAUUGCGGCCGCCGACUCGUCGUGCGGCAGGGAGGUUGUCCGGUCGUCGGGAGGCCUGCGGCGCCUUCGGUGGGGUGCAAGCGUCGUGGCAUCGGCCUAACCCCCAUCCCCCCCCCCCCCCCCCCCCCCCCAACAAACCAAAACGAACCUUGCGCAACCGAAAUUAAUACCACAUUUGCUGGGGACUCGGUCACAGCAUAUGAAUUCACGCGAUGAUGGGAGGCACCUGUCUACGAAGCCGCAAUAUAGAUGGAUCCUUGAUACCAUUG